AUGGCCAGUAUCCCCAACCUGAAUUCACUCCGACAAGGCCGAGGUCGAGGUCGAGGAUUAGGAUCUGGGAAUGUGUCACGUCCAGGAAAAGACCAGGUCGUGCAAGGCACAGACAACGACGCGAGCGUGUCCCGCCUGAGCGCCGUCGAGCUGGGGUACCUCGAUGAUCCCUACGCGACAGCAUUAACACCACCGGGGUCCGCGACGCGGCGACUCCCAAUCAUUAACAGAGGAACCUACGUUCGUACCACAACCAUCGAUCAACUCGUAACCCGCUUCCUCGGCCCGUGGUCACCAAACAAGCAGAGGAAACAGAUCAUCUCGCUCGGCGCUGGAUCGGACACGCGUGUCUUUCGAUUAUUGUCGUCGCGAAAAACACCGGACUUCAUCUACCACGAGCUCGAUUUCGCCGUCAACACCACCGCGAAGAUUCGCGCGAUUCGGUCGGCGCCGGAGCUGCAGCGCGUGCUGGGUAUUGACUCCUCGGUUUCUGGGGAGGGAAGUCCGGUCACGGUAUCGGAGGCGGGAGAUGCGCUGCAGUCGCCUUCAUACCACGUCCACCCGGUGGAUUUGCGGUCGCUACCCGCGCACAGCAAUCCCGCCGCAGCAUUACCGGGUGUGGAAACGGGAUUGCCGACCUUGUUGAUAUCCGAGUGCUGUCUCAUUUAUUUGUCACCCAUCGAGGCGCAGAAGGUGGUUUCAUUCUUUACGGAAGGGCUAUUUGGCCAGAUCGCACCUGGGUCUGACGGUGAUGCGCUUGGACAUACUGGUGUCGCGCCCCUCGGUUUGAUCUUGUAUGAGCCUAUUCGUCCAAAUGACGCAUUUGGCGAAGUGAUGGUUUCGAAUCUCGCGGCGCGGGGGAUCCAACUUCAGACCUUACAUAAAUAUGCGUCGCUUGAGGCGCAGCGGACCCGGUUCAGAGAGCAGGGCUUUGGAGAUGGCCAGGCGGCGGGUGAUAUUGAGUUCAUUUGGAAGAACUGGGUCACCGAGGAAGAGAAGGGGAGGGUUGCGGGAUUGGAAAUGCUGGAUGAGAUGGAGGAGUGGGAACUGCUGGCGCGGCAUUAUUGCAUUGCAUGGGGAUGGAGAGAUCAAGCUCAUAUCUCGGCAUUUGCCGGUUGGAAAGACCUUGAGGCUCAGAAGGGCGGGUAA